UGUAAGUAAGCUCAGAGUCGGAGUGAGGAAGACAUCGGAUCUCUAUCAUUUCCUUGGCGGUUUAUUUCUCUCAAGGCUUCCUUCGAAUGGUCAAUUCCCCAUCCGAUAAUUCGUUUCGCGAGGCACCAUCUCGUGUCCGUAGCUCGUUCUCAGUGGGAAGAAGAAGGUCAACCGGCGAAAAGGUAAUUGAUCAGCCCUAUCCUGGCGUGGGAUCCCACCACGACACCAUUCACCUCCUCUCCUCCGUUCUGAUUACGCCCCCCUCUUCCACAUUCCGCCCAAUUUCCAUCGGGUUGAAUCGAAUUUACCGUUGACAUCCACAACUGACCAUUGAGCAACCCGCAACUCUCGCCCGUUAUCAAUUCGUUGUUCAACCGCUCAUCGUUUGUCUCUGCCAUCCAAGCGCUUGGCUUUCGAGGCUUUAUCUCUGGGUUGCCGAUGACAAGACCUCGAACGACGACCCCUGAGGACACGGAUCGAAACCAGCCUGUGUUUCACCAAACGACCCCAGAUCCCUCCCCCGCAGCAGCUGUAGCGUGUCGCUCAUCGUCCCCCACGAGUAUCGAGCCUUAACCGCUGUUCGUCUGAAGAGAGGUGACCCCAGCCAGUAAUAGAGGCAGCCGGAGGAGAACCCCGACAGAAAGACUCGAGGGAGGAGACUGCGUGUCCCUCCAACCAUCUUUCGCAGCCAUUCGUUUCUGGCCUGCGAUUGCUGGUCGAGAACGGGAUAGCGUUGCACGCCAGGACUGGACGGACAUUCAGACAGUCUCUGACAGCCUCUAUCAAAGCAGCCAUCGGCAGCACCCUAGCAUCAAGCCAUAAGCGAAUCCAGCUCUCCAGCUGGCGAGGAGUAUCCGUACGGCGACCUGGGUUGACUUGUGCACAGCCCCAAGAAAGCCCCUCCAAGGAACCCAGACCUAGACCCAGUCGCCCAGCGCGGCAUCCGCUUCUGCAGGUUGGGUAGCCAAUCCGAACCAAUCCAUCUGUUCUUCUGCCUGUUGCUCUGGUGGUGGUGCUUCCUUUGGCGGGCACCUGCACACGUAGGUUAGAUUGAACUUGGAUGAGAAGUGGACAGACAGGGCCUCGCAGACGCAGAACCGCAGGCGCAGGCGCAGGCGCGCAAAAAAUAGGAACAGGGACCAGCAGGACGGGCUGAUCAAUCUCUCGUCUUGCCAUCCUCUUGCUUCCCUUUCUUGCUUGCCGCUGGUUGCUAGCUGUCAUUGCUUCUGCCACUGCAUCUCGACCUUGCACAUCGACGGACAGACAAGAUUCGAGCCGACAUUUGACUGAGCCAAGCUGAGCUGAAGCGAAGCCUGUCCCGCUACGUUGCUGCGUACCCCCGGAAGCAAGCAAGCAAGCAAAGCUGCGCGUUCGGUCCACCAUCCGGUCUUGUGUAUCUGUCUGUCUCUGCUUUCUCUCAUUUUCAGUCUGUUCAGUCAGUCAACCCACGGGCUGUGCCGUUUGGCAUACCUAGGACGAUCGAUCUGCUUGCUACCCUUUUUACCCACAGUGUUCCAGUGGAGGGCAAGCGUCCCGAACAAGCAACAAGGGAACAAGAAAAAAGGUCAAUAAACAAAAAAAGAAGAAGCCAGGUUGGACUGCGGCGGCUGCGCACAACGACAUCACAGUGUUAUAAUGCCGGCCUUCGGUCGCAUUGGAAGGCACCACAACCGCUCGCAGCAAGGACUUGUUGAUCCGGGCGGAGAGGUUGCUGCUGGAUCUGGCUCAGGUUCAGGUUUAGGAGGUUCAGCGGCAUCACAUCCCACGCCUGGUCCUUCUGGUUCUGCGCCGCCUUCCGGCCCUGCUGGUGCCGCCGGUGCUCCUUCCUCCUCAUCUCACUCUCACUCCUCCUCCCUCGCUCCUGCCUUGAGUGCAGGCUCUGGCACAACCACGGCCAACAACGCCGCCGGCGCUAAUAGUCUCAAUCAAAUUACCCCCCAUUCAGCCUCGUCGACCGCCUUCAGCUCCAGCGAAUCCUUUGACAUCCACCCAAACCAGCUGGCAGCUCAUCAACAACAUCAGCUCCAACAGCAACAACUCCUUCAACAACAACAACAACACCAGCAAGGGCAGCAAGGGCCAUCUCCACUGCAGCAGCCCCACGAUUACCAUCCUCCUGCCUCAACCUCGCGCAACUCCCUCCUAUUGCAGCACCACAAUCCACCCAUAGCUGAUUUGCGCCAGAGGAGUCAGCAGGAUUACACCGACUCCGUCUCCCGCUCCCAGUCACAGCGCUACCCGCCCGGCGUGGCCCCCUACUCCAACAACGCCAAAACCGGUGCUGCAUCUAGCUCCGUCGACAACCUCAGAACUUCCGUCAACAGCACCUCAUCUGCUUCCGCCUCCGCUCAACCUCAAGCAACCUCACCUCUUCCGCAACAGCAACCCGCCCCCGUCCCGGAAAAGCGAUCUGCACGAAAGCUGCUCAGAAACAUUUUGGGCGGAUCGGGCCGCGAUCAUCACAACACCCCGCCCCCCCAACCUACCCCGCCAAGUUCCUACGAUAACACCGGUGGUCUUGCUCGCCGACCGUCCAAAAGAAACCCCGAUUCCAAUCGCAACUCCAUUCGCUACGUCCCGACCGACUUCGACAACACCCCCUACGAAGAAGCCGACUACGGAGAUCGCCAGCCACAGCAGAUCCCGACCGUACAGGAACAGCAGCAACACGGUCAGCAGCCUGCUUACGACCCCUCACAGCAGCAGUAUCAGCAACAAUACUCCAACCAGCAGCCUGGUCAGUACCAAGCUGGACCACCCACGAUCUACACUAGUCACUUGGGUGCCGGUUCGCAUCAAAACCCCGAGACUGUUUCCCAGUUGUCGCAUGAAUCACCCAUCACUGAUUCAGACGCUCUGUCGGCAAACGUACAUUCCAACCAAACCUCCCCCGCAGUGAGGUACGCUGUACAGACCACAGACAGCCCGCUGCCUUCAACACUUCCCCCUGCUCAGCAAGGAGGAUCUCAAGCCCAGCAGCAGCAGUCGCAGCAGCAGAAUAUGGCCCCUCCCUCUGGCGGCCCUCCCCCGAACAGACGAUCCCAGGAGACAGAGAAGGCAUUGCGCAGUCAGGUCGACGCAUCUGCAGGCCCUCCCGGUUACAGACAAAGCCAGACCAUGCCUCCCACCACUGGCAGCGCCAACGCUGCCUUCCGACCAGGCGGUGCUGCAGACUCGCGGCAGUUUGAAGGCGCCACCGGAGAGCAAGGCCGGAACAGCCCACAGCCCUCCAACCCCGAUCGAGACGGCACAGAUCCCGACAAAUUCAAAGAGCUUCUAACUAAGUAUAAGAAUGUUAAGCGGUUGUACUUUGACGGCAAGACCCAGAUCGAUAACCUCAACUCUCAAAUUGAGGUGCUGCAAAAUGCAGUCGCCAACCAGCGAAUGUCACAGUCGCGGACUGCCCUCGACGACAGCGAGUAUAUAACGAGAUUCAGCCGUCUGAAUGGUGCUAUCAACAACCUCUCGUUCAAUAUCAGAAAAGAUUGGCGUACAGUGCCGCAGUGGUUAGACAUGUUUGUCAGCAUUGAUGCUCUUAAGACCGGAAAACAGGAGAUGACAGCCGUUGGUCGUGCCGUCAUUACCAGGUGGAUUGUAGAAGAGAUCUUUAACAAGUGCUUCCACCCCGGCCUCAACUUCGAGCUCAGCAGGCAGCUGAAGGAGAUUGAGCUCAACAUCCGCCGUUUCUCGUACACGAUGAGCAGCCAAGAAGAGUUCGAUGCAUUGACAAAUAAGGUCGUGAGCUGGCGAAUGGCCACCCUUGAGGGUCUGCAGAGAGUUCUCAACUCCCCGGAGAGUGCAGACAACAGGGCGGACUUUACUCGGAUGUGCACAUCGAACCUCACGGCGACACUUUUCCAGUAUAUGACAGACCCGCCGCCAGCUGGAGUGGACGGCAGCGCAUCCAUGAUUGUUGAAUUGGCCGUGGGCAUCGCAGCCAACCUGCCGCUAGAGAGCAGAGAUGUCGCAAUCAACUACCCUCUACCUGGAGACCCGAUUCAACUGAACAUCAUGGAUGUCGAGAAGACACCGCUUCCACCUUUGGAAAUUCAAAAAGCGGAGGGCGAAGCAGAGGCCGACGAAGGCGAUAAGGACAAGAGCGGCAAGAACCAACGGGCGGACAAGACCAAGAGCGGUAUGUUCACAAAUAUACUCAGCGGUGGACCGCAGGCGGGCCGCAAGGGCAGCACUGCGUCGUCAAUCGUUGGCACAAGUACUGAUACCGCCCUUCCUUCAGCUCUUCCCCCUAAGGACAACAGCACGGUGAGACUUGCGGGCUUCCCGGUAGUGGAAGUUCGUGGUCGCCAGGUUCUUGUCAAGGCGACUGUUUGGGCGCUUUGAGCGUAUUUCCAGAUAUACCGAGUGCGAAGAAAGAUGCUUUGGUGACCUGGCGGCAAUCCCUGUAGAUGAGCGGUAUUUCCAAUCGAAUUUGCUGCGUUACGAGCAUGGAAAGAGGUCCAUACUGGUUAAAAACCUUGGCCAGAAGGAAGGGGACAGGAGUCAACCAUCAACAAUGCGGAUGGAAAGGGGCGGAAUUCAUGACUGAAGAUUCACAUUCAUACCAGAAGGAACACUUGGAUGUCUGCUCUCUACUGAAAACAGAGAGCCUAGAUAGUCUCCAGGGUACCUUCACAAGUUGCUUGCUUUCUUGCCG